GAUGGAGAGAGUGGACCAGGCAGGCCUGAUACCAGGGAUGGAGAGAGUGGACCAGGCAGGCCUGAUACCAGGGAUGGAGAGAGUGGACCAGCCAGGCCUGAUACCAGGGAUGGAGAGAGUGGACCAGCCAGGCCUGAUACCAGGGAUUCUGGGGCUGGGAGCAGAGAGGAUGAUGCUGGGGCUGGAAAGAGGACUAGGGUUGAGUUUGGGGCUGGAAAGACGACUAGGGUUGAGGAUGGGGCUGGAAAGACAACUAGGGUUGAGGCUGGGGCUGGAAAGACGACUAGGGUUGAGGAUGGAGCUGGAAAGACAACUAGGGUUGAGGCUGGGGCUGGAAAGACAACUAGGGUUGAGGCUGGGGCUGGAAGGACGACUAGGGUUGAGGCUGGGGCUGGAAAGAGGGCUAGGGUUGAGGCUGGGGCUGGAAAGACGACUAGGGUUGAGGCUGGGGCUGGAAGGACGACUCGGGUUGAGGCUGGGGCUGGAAAGAGGGCUAGGGUUGAGGCUGGGGUUGGAAAGAGGGCUAGGGUUGAGGCUGGGGCUGGAAAGACGACUAGGGUUGAGGCUGGGGCUGGAAAGAGGGCUAGGGUUGAGGCUUGGGGUGUUAGUGGGGUAGCAGUGUGGGGAGGAGCUGGGAAUAAAUGGUCAGAGGGUGAGAGUUGGAGUGGAAAUGCUGCGGAGAUGACUAGCCAUGCUAGUGGCUGUGUUAGAACUGAUUCUGGGUCUGUGGUAGCCAGCGAAUCCAAAUCCGAGUCCAGAGGUCCAAUGAAGGACAGGUGUGGGUCCGGCGUCAGCGAGUAUAAGCGAGCGGUGCGUAUGCGCCGUGAGGUGAGGAAGGCCACCUCUCUGUUCCUGGUGUUGUUCCUGUUUAUGCUGUGCUGGCUGCCUCUCCACUUCCUGAACUGUGUUACGUUGAUGUGCCCGCGCUGCCACGUGCCCCUGCCCCUCACCCUGGCAGCCAUACUGCUGUCCCACGCCAACUCUGCCCUUAACCCGCUGCUCUACGCCUAUCGCAUGAGGUCCUUCAGACACACACUGAGGGCGCUCUGCUGCACACACACUGCAUGAUACACACACACACACUGCAUGAUACACACACACACACUGCAUGAUACACACACACACACUGCAUGAUACAC